AUGGCACCUAGCACAGACAAACUCAGUUCAUUGCCUCACUCUUUACUCUCCACUAUUGUUUCUUUGAUACCGUUUAAGGAAGUAGUAAGAACUUCAAUUCUCUCUAAAAGUUGGAUAGACAGUUUCAAGUCUACAUCCAACAUAGUAUUUGAUGAAGUUUAUUUUGUGAAAGAUAGUCAAACUCGUCGAAUUAGACAAGCCCAAAGAAAUGUUUUUCUAGAGUUUGUGAUGCUAUGGAUUUCUAGUCACACGGAAAUUGUUAUUGAUAAGUUCUCUUUGAGAAUAUCAAUGCCUGGAAAAGCUAACCAAGUUGUGAAAAAUUGCAUUAUCUUUGCUACAAAACACGGGGCGAAGGAGUUGGAGUUGGACUUUUGUGAUCCAAAAUUGGAUUGCUAUUUGACUACUAAUUAUAUUAAUUAUGUUGCCUUGUUUGAAUUGCCAACACAUGUUUAUAGUCACACUUGCCUCGAAUCCUUGAAGUUGUUUUCAUGUAGCUUUGUUGAGGCUGAGUUGUUUAACUUUAAUGUACUCAAAGACAUUUCUCUGGGUUGGAUGGAAGUGAAGCUCACUACUAUUAAGACCUUGUUGUCAAAUUGCAAGGCACUUGAGAAUUUAAGUCUCAAGAGGUGUUGGAAUUCAGAUGACCUUGAUUUAGGGGAGGAGAACCUAAGGUUGAGAAAGUUAGUCGUGGAGAGAUGCAUGUUUAGAUCUGACAGUUUUUCUUUUAUAGUCAAUGCUCCAAAGUUAAGAAAUUUCUAUUAUUCUGGGUUGAAUAAUAAUCGUUUGGUCAUAGACGUACGUUCCCUUAUCAUGAAAGAGGAAGUUCUUGAGUUCUGCAUUGAGUUUGAAGGACAUGCAGUUUUUCUCUACAAACUAGUGGAAGAUAUCUCUGGUGUUAAUAUCUUAACUGUGGGUAAUUACUUCCUUCAGGAUUAUGACUUACCAAUGAAUUUUAACUUUGAGAGGUUUUGGACUGAUCAUGCAAUGGCUUAUAUAUGCAUGACAUAUACUCUUAGAGAGAUGGAAAUUAUGAGAUUUAAAGGAUCAAUGAAUGAGAUUUGUGUACUUACUUAUUUCAUCACUUUUGGAAGAGUCUUGAGAAAGAUGACUAUCAACAUAUCAAAGGGUGAUGAUGCAGAUCAAGAUGGUAGAUUUGACUCUUACCGCAGUGACAUGACAGAAUUGUUAAUGAUUCAAAGGGCAUCAAGAGAUCUAGAGAUUUUAAUUUGUUAA